AUGCUAAUGUAUAAAUAUUUCUUAUUAUUUCAAACUUUAGGGUGUGGAAUAGGCUGUUAAAAUUGCUAGCCAACAGUUGGUUGUUUAUAGUGCUCAUCUUUAAACACUCAAAGCGGCUGGGUUCUAACAAAAACAUCUCCUGAGCUAUAUUUGACAUCAUUUUCUUAAUGCAAGUAAUGCACCUCACAAUAUGAAUGCUAGAAAUGUGAUACUACAAACAUUUCUAAAUGCACCUAAUGUACGUAUCCAGUGAAUUAGAGAGCCUUAGCAUAAAGUGAUACUACUAACCCUUGCGAUCCAGCUUCAGAGACUGUCUGUUCAAACUGUAUCUAUGGAUACAGCAUUUUUGUAUAAGACGAUCAAGCUUUGUGCUAUGAUUGUAAUUCUAAUGUCGCUGGCAGUAUUAUUUCAAAUUUGAGAUGUACCUUUAAAAAGGACAAUGCUGAUAAUGUAGUACUGGAUAAAGUUACAGCUUGCUUGGACGGAUACGUUAACGAAUUGACAGGAAAGUGUGUAACUAAUUGUGGGACUGGUAAGUUUGGUUCAGUAACUUAUGGCCUGAGAGGAAUGAUUAAUUCAACAACAUGUCUUGACUGUGAUUCCUCAUGCUUUGAAUGCACAACAGUCACUGAAUGCUUGUCAUGUAAAAAAGGAAAUUAUCUCAGUGUUACAAAUACUGAUAGGAAAACUGGAACAUGUCGAGUCAAGGCUGGAACCUUUUAAACAACAUACUAUGUGUAGUCGAAGUAAGGAAUUCAAACUGCUACUAAAAUUGAUGGAACAAACAGAUUCCCAUUUUACUCAAUUUAACAUGCCAUUACAAUGGCUUAUUCUACUGGUGCAAGAUACAAGUCAAAACAUUGUUCCUCUGAGUAAUUUGGCUCUGUUUUCUAAUUUGAUGUCAGUAGUCAAACAACAUUAACUUCAAUCCCAUAUCUAAAAUUAACUGAACAGAUGGCUACUCAAAUUAAUUGGAUUAAUAUCAAACAAAAAUACUUGAUUCGAGCAAUAAUGACCUCUGCAAUAGAGAAAUAUAAACAAAUUAACUUGCUAUAUUCAAGCAAGCAUAUUUGUUUUAAAGAUCUUGAAACUCUGCAGCAAGGUUUAUGUCCAGAUAGGUAUUGCCAUAAUAUUUACAUUCAAUAAUGUUCUACUGGAAGGCUAGCAUUGAUCAACGGGUUUAUGGAUAUUUAAGUCCCAGAGGUUCCACUCUUGGCACUACAUGUUCCAGUUUUCCUAUCAGUAUUAGUAAACUGA